UCCUUUUCUUCUUCCUCUCUCACUUUUGGAUUUCCGUUCUUCGAAUUCUCAGCGAAGCGGAGGCUUUAGCUUCCAUUGCUCGUCUGGUUUCAGCCUCUUUUCCGCUUUACAAGGUUCUUCUGUAUAUCAAUAUCGACCAGGAUUGCAGAUCACCGGCACAUUGCAAUCUGGUGGUUGAGAACUUGUAGGAUAUGUGAUAAUUCAUUGAUAACUUUUAAAGAAUGAGGGGUCGAUUUUUUUUCUCUAUAUUCUUAGUUGAGUACUGAACGCCUCUGUUGUUCGAUCAUGUGUUUUUGAGAUUUCGCGGAUGCCCAUGAGUAAGUUUUGGGGUUUUUUCCCUAUGGAUUUAGUUUGAGUGUCAUAUUUUGUGGGUCAGAAAUACUUGUAGCAGUGAUUGGUGAAAGACUGGCUCUAGAGGGCUACUUGGACGCUGUCCAACAAGGACUGGUGCCCCCAAUGACAUCUUCUAGGGUGGCUGGAGGAUUAGCCCAAUCUUCCUCAAACUCUGGGAUUUUUUUCCAAGGAGAUGGGCAGUCAAAGGGCAAUGUUAAAUCUCACUUGGUCUCAUCUUAUGGAAACUCAUCAAAUUCAAUUCCAGGACCUGGCCACUCAAAUUUGGGUCCAGUUUCUGGGGACACGAAUAAUGUAGUGUUAAAUAGUGUGGCAAACUCAGGAAUAAGUGUUGGGGCAAGUUCGUUGGUUACAGAUGCAAACUCUGCACUCUCAGGUAGGCCUCAUUUGCAGAGAAGUCCAAGCAUGAAUGCUGAAUCAUACAUGCGAUUACCUACUUCGUCUAUGUCUUUUACAUCAAAUAACGUGAGUCUCUCGGGUGCAUCACUCAUUGAUGCAUCUUCUACAGUUCAGCACAAUUCUCAGCAGGAUCAUAACGCCCCACAAUUGUUGCAGACCCAACCACAGUCCCAACAAGUUGCUCCAGGUGAUGCAUCAUUGUCAAAUUCACAAACCGUCCAAGCUUCUCUACCCGUGGGUGCACGUGUUGCUGGAUCUCUCAUGACAGAUCCCAACAGUUAUUCUCAGUCACAGAAGAAACCACGCUUGGAUAUUAAGCAGGAUGAUUUCCUGCAACAGCAGAUGCUACAACAGCUCCUGCAGAGACAAGAUUCCAUGCAGCUGCAAGGUCGUAAUACGCCGCAGUUACAAGCAGCAUUAUUUCAGCAGCAACAGAGAUUACAGCAACAGCAACAGAUUUUUCAGUCUUUGCCUCCUUUGCAGAGAGCUCACCUGCAGCAGCAGCAGCAGAUACACUUGAGACAGCAGCUUCAACAACAGGCAAUACAACCCAUAAAUGCUAUGAAGCGGACUAAUGAUGGUGGUGUAUGUGCUCGGCGGCUAAUGCAGUAUCUAUACCAUCAGCGUCAAAGACCUGCUGAUAAUAGUAUUGCCUAUUGGAGGAAGUUCGUGACAGAAUAUUAUUCCCCUCGUGCAAAGAAAAGAUGGUGUUUGUCACUAUAUGACAAUGUUGGUCAUCAUGCUCUAGGCGUUUUCCCUCUAGCAGCUAUGGAUGCAUGGCAGUGUGAAAUUUGUGGUUCAAAGUCUGGGCGGGGAUUUGAGGCUUCCUUUGAAGUGCUUCCUAGACUCAAUGAGAUCAAAUUUGGCAGUGGAGUCAUUGAUGAGCUAUUGUUCUUGGAUAUGCCACGGGAGUUCAGAUAUUCGUCUGGAAUUAUGAUGUUAGAAUAUGGAAAAGCAGUUCAAGAGAGUGUAUAUGAGCAACUUCGUGUUAUUCGCGAGGGUCACCUUCGUAUCAUAUUUACUCAUGAAUUGAAGAUAUUGGCAUGGGAAUUUUGUGCAAGACGUCAUGAAGAACUUCUACCUCGUAGGUUGGUUGCACCUCAGGUGAAUCAGUUGGUCCAGGUGGCACAGAAAUGCCAGAGCACUAUUGCUGAAGGAGGAUCCGAUGGGGCUUCUCAGCAGGAUUUACAAGCAAACAGUAAUAUGGUUUUGACAGCUGGGCAGCAGCUCGCUAAGAGUCUGGAGUUGCAGUCACUUAAUGAUUUGGGGUUCUCCAAAAGAUACGUUAGAUGCUUGCAGAUAUCAGAGGUCGUCAACAGCAUGAAAGAUCUGAUUGAUUUCUGUAGGGUGCAGAAAACCGGACCAGUUGAGGGUCUGAAAAGUUAUCCUCAGCACGCCACAGCCAAGCUGCGGAUGCAAAAAAGGCAAGAGAUUCAACAGGUCGCUACUGCUCAAGGUCUGCCAACCGACCGCAAUAGGAUGCUCGCCCUGCAUCCUGGGCUGAUGAACAACCAAAUGAAUAGCCAAAAUCAAGUAAUCGGCAGAGGAGCUUUGAGCAGUUCGGCCCAAGCCGCUUUGGCAUUGUCUAACUACCAGAAUCUGCUUAUGAGACAGAAUUCAAUGAAUUCAAACAGUUCAAACCCGCUUCAGCAGGGGACAUCAUCAUCCUUCAAUAACUCAAACCAAAACCAGAGUCCUUCAUCAAGCUCUCAUGGUGGGACAACUGCUUUGACAUCAGGACCGAUGCGAAACGUGCUCGGCAGUGCUCUUUCAAGUCCUCAUUUACCUUCACAACAAUCCAACAACUUAGUUGCGCAAAACCAUCCUCAGAGCGCUCAAGGUAGCGGCAACAAUAAUCAGGCCAUGCAACAUCAGAUGAUCCAGCAGCUUCUCCAGAUAUCUAAUAAUAACAACAGUGGGGGAGGGCAACAGCAGCCACUUCCUGGUUCGAACACGAACACGAACGGAAAGAUGGGGGGGUCUUAUUCAGGGUUCGGCGGCAGUUCUUCAGCAGCUUCUGGCACAGCCAAUGCAUCCAUCAGUAAUAAUACGCCGCCUGCCCCGAGCCGGAGUAACAGCUUCAAAAGCGCUUCAAAUGGUGAUGUAUCAGCAACUGGAGGUCAUAGCAGUGGGUUCAACCAAAAAAGUGGAGACUUGCCGCAAAAUCUUCAUUUAGAAGAGGACAUAAUCCAGGAUAUAGCCCAUGAUUUUACAGAAAAUGGGUUUUUUAACAGUGAUCUUGACGAUAAUAUGUGCUUCGCCUGGAAAGUUCAACUAACUUAAACAGGCUUUUAACAAUUAGCUCCCACCCUUUGGGUUAAGUAAGUGGAGAACCAUAUAUUUUGUACAGGAUAUUUGAGAUUGAUAUUUUCUUCUGAUCUCCCACCCUUUGGGGGGGUUUUCUCCCAAA